CUGGGCGGGGCUGGAUUGGUCUAAAUGAGGGCCGGGAGGGGUGCUGCUGCAGGGGAGAAGGCCGUCCUGGGAAUUAGCCUUCUUUGCCUCCAUAUUUAACUUGUGGAGACCUUAAUUACAACGUACGGAAGUGCGUAUGCGGGCUGGCAGUCCUCUCUCCCGCCGUGGAGACGACGCGGGCGGCAGCCCUCCCCGUUGCCACUCCACCUAGUGGCCGCAUCCAUUUCGCGCGGGUGGCCCGAUUUAAGGGCUGGGUGUAGUGUCAGUUUUAGGGAUCGCAAAGAGUGGGGACUUCAUGGCCCCGCUGGAAGGCGGCCCGCGGCUGGUGCUGCUGUUCAGCGGGAAGAGGAAAUCCGGGAAGGACUACGUGACCGAGGCGCUGCAGAGCAGACUCGGGGGGGACGUCUGUGCUAUCCUCCGGCUCUCCGGGCCACUCAAGGAGCAGUAUGCUCAGGAGCACGGCCUGAACUUCCAGAGACUCCUGGACGCCAGCACCUACAAGGAGACCUAUCGGAGAAACAUGAUCGUCUGGGGGGAGGAGAAGCGCCAGGCUGACCCAGGCUUCUUCUGCAGGAAGGUCGUGGAAGGCGUCUCCCAGCCAGUCUGGCUGGUGAGUGACACACGCAGGAUGUCCGACAUCCAAUGGUUCCGGGAGGCGUAUGGGGCUGUGACACAGACAGUCCGUGUGGUGGCCUCAGAACAGAGCCGACAGCAGCGGGGCUGGGUGUUCACACCAGGUGAGCUGCUCACGACCUUUGCCCCCAAGCCGGCCACCCCACCUGUAGACCAGGCUACCUGCUUCCUUGUUCUAGGACAUCUGCUCUCUCACGGGGAGGCUGUGGGGGUGGACGAUGGUGAGUCAGAAUGUGGCCUGGACAACUUUGGGGACUUCGAUUGGGUCAUCGAGAACCACGGAGACCCGCAACGCCUGGAGGAGCAGUUGGAGAACCUGAUAGAAUGUGUCCGCUCCAGACUUUAGUCGUCAGGGGCUGUGGGGUGAGGGUGGGGCUGCUGUGCCCGACAGGUGGUUGCUGAUGCUGGCCAAGGUGGGGAGCACACCGAUGGUCUGGGUCUAGAUUUCGGGGGGCUGGCAGAUGUCAGAUAAGUCAGGAAACCUUUGGGACCUCAUUUCUUUAUGGACUCUUAGGGGGAGACUUAAAGGGCAGAGGGGGGUGGACUGGCUGUGCCUGAAGCAGACACCAUCUCCAGGGGACUGGCCUGUCACCUGUGCUGGCCUUGCUUCCCCUUCAGGAUGCUUCCAGCCUCUUGUGCUAGGCAAGCAUGUGGAUGCUAAUAAAGCUCCUUGGAGCACAUGCUCAGAGCUGGACAUCUCUCAUU